GGAAGAACUCGAAAGUGCAGAGACAAAAGUUCGGUAAGGCUUUAUUUUCGAAAAAUCUGCAGGAAAAUCAGCAAGUAUGUCAUCAGAGAAUAGAAGACAGAGAAGAAAGUUUCAAGAAGAAAAGCGGUUGAGAGACUUACCAUUGUCUUCAGAUGAGGAUAAGUCAAAAGAUGGUACUCCCAACCAACCCCAAGAAGCAUCUGGGAGCGAGACUGUCCGACGAAGGAAAUCGAAAGUAGAAAAGCGGGUGAAAGACCCAUCAUCGUCAUCGGAUGAGGAUGAGCCGAGAGAUGCCCCGCCCAGGCCACCCCAAGCUGUAAGUUGGUACAAGAUUGUUCAUAAUCGGUGGAAGAAAGACUCAUCAUCGUCAUUAGAUGAGGUCGAGCCGCAAGAGUCCACUCCCUACUCACCCCAAUCUGCAGAGUGGUACGAGGCUGUGCGAAAUGAUUUCGAACACUGGAGGCAGACGAGACCCUUAUCAUCAAAUGAGGUUGAGCCGAUGGAUUCCACACCCAACCAAGCUGAAGAUGCAACUGGGAACGGGAGUGUCGCAGAACAGGAGCCGAGUCAGUAAUUCAACACACAAGUCGUUGAUUCUUCAUAAUAUUCAGAAACAUUUUUUGACUUGAUCUUACUAGGUAGUAUUAAGAGCUCGACUACAUGUUUCUUCUCAAUCAAUUCUUUCUUCUUUCUUAUCAAAAUCCAGGAAAAGUAGCACAAAAGAAUUUGAAAACCAGGUAUUUAAAAUUUAAUUCAGUACUAUACAGUGUUUUUGAAAAAGGUCUCCAUGCUUAUUUUUUAAACGGGUCA